UACAGUGAGAUUAAUAGUUUCUAUGCGUCUCGACGUUCCUUUAUUUUUGAAAACAAAUUCAAGUUUUUCUCCUUGAUGAAUCGAUUCGCUUCUGGAUACAUGUACGUGGAGAAGUGUGGAGGAGCGCCUCGCCAGCAGCCAGCAGUCAGCAUCUCCCCUCGAGAGAAUUCCUCUCACCUCUCAUUAGUCGGCGAACGUGCGGCGAACAGCACGGAUCCACUCGUGAGUGUCCUUUUCUCUUCUUCAUUUUUUUUCAUAUAACGUAUAAUAAUUUUACUUCUCGUUGAGGAUGCACCUCGCAUCGUCGUAAUUCGAUUCCGACUCGGUGAUCGAUCUCGAUCGGAUUACGCGGCGCGAAUAGCCGAUAGCGGAAUAAUGUUAUGAUCGAUGCCGAAGAGAAGGUGGGCGAGCGGAGGACGAGGAAGAGGUGCGGAGGUGAACCAGCAUGAGGUGUUUCGAGAGCUUCUUCAAACGCACCUGGCGGCCACAGCAGAUGGAUCCGUCGUCGAGAUUCGAGCCGACGGCGAAGAGGACGACGACGGCAGAGGUGCAUCGCCACGCCACCGGUGAGGCGAUGACAGAACUGGGCGAGGUAAAGGUGAUCGCGCCGGGCAGCAGCAUCGCGACGUCGACGCCGCAUACCAGCGAUGAUCCGGCACCCUGCAAGAACGGCGGCUGCAAGGUCUGGAGGAGCAACCGCGACGGCAAUAGCGAACCGCGUUCCGAAAGCCCUUGGCACUUGCUCAAAACCAUCUUCCUCAUCUCCGUGAUCGUGGCGUUCCUCCUCUGGGUUAUAGUCUAUACUCUGUUGGACCAAUACCGGAUCCUGUGAUCAUCCUGCAAUCUUGAUGUGUUCCUCGUGAUUGCGAUUUAUAAUCGACCUCACGCGAAAUCCUUUGAUCUACUUGAUGUCCUGAUUCAUUAAUUCUCUGUCAGAUUUCGAGCGAUGGAUGCUGCAAUACACAGUCCUGCGUACACAGACAAUUUUUUAGGCAGGAAUAAAAGCGCGCUAACAAUUCUCGAUCGUGAGGUAUUCAUCCCUCAUAAAUAAGUUUUAUAAAGUGAUUGCGCCGAAUACUUUCAAUUUUACAACGUGAUUCAAAUCGCGAAAGUUUAGGUUCAACGAAAUCUGCAAACACAGAUUCGAAAGAGACAAUCAAAAGCUCAAGGGUGAGGAAGGGAAUGGAUUUCCGGCAGCCUUAAGCUUUCGUAAUUAAGAUUGUAAUAUUGUAUUAUAUAUUUCGUACCGUUUUAACGCUUUGUGACGUCUGUAAAUAUUCGAAUAAAAUACGAUGUUAUAUACGCAA